CUGCCUUGUUACUUUGGAUUGGGCAACUGGGAGCCAGAGAAGGCAGUGAGUUAAAGAGAGGUCCCUGGAAAUUCCAGGUCCUCCCUCCCUCCUCCCCCAUCUCUGCCCACUCUCUCAGGGGAUCCUCCUCAACUGCCAUGGAAUAUUCCCAUAGGCUUUGGGGAUCGCCACCACGGAGACUGGGGAUUGUAGGGUUCUGUUGCUCUGGUGACCAGGUGUCCAGAGCCUCUGUAUUGGAUCUGCCAGGGUUCCGGGAAGAGGCAGGCCUGGCUGGGCCGGUCUUGGAGGAAGGCUCUGGAACAGGAGCAGGGAACAGAGUAGGCUUGGCUGUACUUGUAUUUCAGUGAUGCCUACCCUUUCGGUGUUCAUGGAUGUGCCCCUAGCCCAGAGGCUAGAAGGCAGCUUGUUAAAGACCUACAAGCAAGACAAUUGUCCUAACAAGAUUUUCCUGGCCUUUAGAGUCUGCAUGACCAGCGAGGGCCAUCCUUGGGUGUCUUCCGUGGUGCCCAAGAUCCGACUGCAGAUCGCGUAUGAUCCCUCUCUGAACUACGAGUAUGUGCCCGUGAAGGGCAUGAAAUCAUUCACUGAGGCCUCCUUGAAGCUCCUCUUUGGAAAGCACAGCCAAGUCAUUGUGGAGAACAGGGUAGGGGGUGUGCACUCGGUUGGUGACAAUGGAGCCUUCCAACUUGGGGCCCAGUUCCUCAAAAUCUGGCGAAAGGAUUCUCAAAUAGUGUACAUUAUUUCUUCCAAAAAAGAACCCUAUGGACUCGUCUUCCAGGACAUGGGCUUUACAGUUUGUGAAUACUCCUUCUGGGACUCCAAGCAGCUGUGCAUAGACUCCAACGUGCUCCUCGAUGUGGUAGAGCAGGCCCCACAUGGCUGUAUCUUCGUGAUUGGGAACCUUGGUGACUGCAACUUGACACAAAGUCAGUGGGCAAGGUUGAUGGCCAGCAUGAAGAGCAAGCAGAUAUUCCCAUUUUUUGACAUUCCCAAUCAAGGUUUAUCCACCGGGGACUUGGAAGAAGAUACUGGAUUCUUACAGUACUUCGUGUCUCAAGGCUUUGAGUUCUUCUGCAGCCAGUCUCUGUCCAAGACUUUUGGCAUCUAUGAUGAAGGAGUUGGGAUCCUGGUCGUGGUAGCACUCAGCAACCAGCUCCUGCUAUGCGUCCUCUCCCAACUGAUGAAACUCACCCAGGCCCUGUGGCUAAACCCCCCUACUACGGGGGCUCGCAUUAUCACCUCCGUCCUCUGUAACCCUGCUCUUCAGGAAGAAUGGAAGCAGAGUCUGAAAGGGCUUGUAGAGAACAUCAUGCUGAUCAAGGAAAAGGUGAAGGAGAAGCUCCGGCUCCUGGGAACGCCUGGUUCCUGGGAUCAUAUCACAGACCAGAAUGGGCCCCAUAGCUAUCUUGGACUCAACUUCCAACAGGUGGAAUACCUGGUCAAGAAAAAGCAUAUCUACCUUCCCAAGAAUGGUCGGAUCAACUUCAGCUGUAUCAAUGCCUGCAACAUAGAUUAUAUCACUCAGAGCAUCAAUGAGGCUGUCCUCUCCACCAAGGGCUCAGAGUAACAUCUUCAGAAAAUUGAUGACUCCGGGUCGGAAUAAAAAGCUUUAGUCUUUGCAAAAACUCUGUGCUGAGUAUUCAUUCCUAUAAUUCAUUUCUCUGCAAAGCAUUCUCUCUUUCCACCUGUUUAUGAAGCACUGGUCUGGCCUCAGCAGAGAGAAGUUAAAAAGGCCCAGAGAAGAAGGGAAUGUCUAUCUUCAGUGACCAUCUCAUAUUUAUUUAAUAGCUACUAUAUUAAGGCCCUGACCUGGUGCCUUAGUUUGUUUGGGCUGCUACACCAAAAUACCAGCAAAUUCAGGGUCUGGUGAAGGCCCUCCUCCUGGUUCAUAAACAGCAUCUUGUAACUGUAACAGCACAUGGUGGAAGAAGCAGGGCGUCUCCCUAGGGCUUCUUUUAUAAGGGCACUAAUCCCAUUCAUGAAGGCCCUGCCUCCAUGAUCUAACCACAUCAAAACACGAUCACAUUGGAGAUUAGGUUUCAACAUAUGACUUCUGAGGGGACAGGAACAUUCAGAUCAUAGCAUCUGGGCAUCAAAGGGAAGGCAAAAAACCAAGUACAAUCCGGUCCUUUUUCUCCAGAAGCUUAGAGUCUAGUUGGGAGAAGAGCCUUAGUCCUAUGAAAGCUAAGUAACAUUUCAAGGUUGAAUAUAAUAAAAAGUCACAUCGAUUAUCUGGACAGGAAAUAUGUCAAGAAUUUAGGGAAGAAAAACCUUAAUAUGGGCCAGAACAGUUGGGGAAGAUCUCACAAGAAACUACAAAUUGGUUUGUGUACUGAUGGACAGCUAGGAGUAGUGAUAAUAGGUAGAAGGGAUCUAGAAGGAUAUCCUAGGCACAGAGCAACCUGAGCAAGGGCCACUGACAUGAUUGUAAAAUAUGAUUAUUUAUUGGGCAUCUAUCUGCUAAUAUAUGGAAUUCUUCAAGCCCCCGAGAUACUAAAAGUUAUGGCAGUUGCUUCUCUUAUGUUGGCCUCCAUCCUAGCUGGGGAGACACCACCUACAUGGUAAAAAUGUCAUUAAGAAUAAAAGGUGACAUGGGGCACCUGGGUGGCUGAGUGGUUUAAUCAUCUGCCCUUGGCUCAGGUCAUGAUCCCAGGGUGCUGGGAUCGAGUUCGGCAUCGGGCUCCCUGUGCCACAGGGAAUCUGCUUCUUCCUCACCCUUCCCAUCCCAACCCUGCUCUCUCUCUCUCUCUCAAAUAAAUAAAUACAAUCUUAAAAAAAAAUAAAGGGUGACAUGUAAUAUGUGCUAGAUGAGUGUCAGUAAAUGGUUAACUCAGGAGGACUUGCUUGCUCAAACUGUGUACAUCUCAAAAGUCUUUGGGACUGGUCCUUGACUGGUUCCUGGGAAAUGAACUCUGAGCCCUUGCAGUAUCCUGCUUGAUAAAAGUGGCUUUGUAUGCCCAAGAUCUUGAGACAAGUUUGACCUCUGGGGGCUGGAGAUUGACUGGUUAAGGUCAGUUACACGGGCACUGCAUGCCUAUGUGACUGACCCCCAAUAAAACUUUGGAUCCCAAAGUUUUGGUAUCCCUGAUUGGCAACACUUUAUACACAUUAUCACCAUUGGUGCUGAAUUGAGCUCUGUUUGUGCUGGGUUUAGCACAAGGACUUGGGCAAAUACAAUGCAAGCUUCCUUGCAUUCCAUGAAGACCAUUCUUACAGGGCAUGCAGACAAGUGAUCAGCCUCAUGGGGUUGGGCUUCAGAUCCCAAAGCCUGUCUGCCAAGACUAGUGGGUUCCUGCCUGGAAAAUAAAUAGUACCUUUCCCAUAGAUUGUAAUUCUUAGGAUAGGAGGCGGAGCCUCUGUCUACAGGUCUCAUAAGUGAGAAGGAUUGCAAGCAAGUUCAUGGAACAAGUGGAGCCCGCUCCUGUUGCUUACAGAUGGAUUUAUCUUGAGUCCCUGUGCUUCCCCACAGAUGCAGGUUCUUCUCUUAGGUCUUCAGAAGACCCUUUUUGUCCUUAGCUUUUAAGGGCUUCUAGCCUCAAUGUCAGAAGAACUUUUGCGGAACACUCAGUGCAUAUGGGUGGUAUGUUUUAACCACUCUUGAAGGUGAGUUAGCAUGAAAAUAGAAUUUAUUCAACCAGGUUUUCUCA